AUGACUCGAGCGUUUCUCCUCCUCGUCGCGCUAUCCGCGCUAUUAGCAGCCGCUGCCGGCGUCGCUGCUGCGACUAAGCCCCCCCGCUCGGGCGGGAUCGUUCUGCGCGGCGGCGACCGGAGCGUGACCGGCGGGACGGCAACAGCUGGCGGGCGUGACAGCAGCGGCGAUUCCCACGCCGAUUCGCACGGCGCUUCGCGGCACGGCGGGUCGCUUGGCGGCGGGAGAGACGAGGAGAGGGAGGAUGAAGACGGAGGCCGCGGCGGGCAUGGCGGCCCGGGGCAUGACAACACCGAGGGCGAGCACGAGGGCGAGCACGAGGGCGAGCACGAGGGCGAGCAUGAGAGCGAACACGAGAGUGAGGAUGAGAGCGACGAUGUGGAUGAGGAUGAGAACGAUCACGAGAGCGAGGAAAACAGCGAGCAUGGGGGCGGUAGCAGCAGCCAUGGCGGCGGGCUGUGCGGGCGGGGCGGGUGUAGCAACGAGUCAGGCGAGGUGGGGUACUGGAAGCUGCCCGACUAUGGCCGCUGCUCCAUCGGCACCGGCAGCACCACCAGCCGCAGUGGUGGUGCGCCGAGGAAGGCGGAUGAGGCGUGGUGUGCGGGGGCGGCGGUGGGUGUGAAGGAGUGCUGCAGCCGAUGCAGCAGCGUUAAUGUCACUGCGGAUGGCACCCCUUUCAACUGCCGCCACUGGGUGCACAUCCCCUCUCCCGACUCUCACGACCGCGGCAGCAGCGAGCAGCGAGGCAAGUGCGUCCUCCUGCCGGCCGUGGACGCGCUCACGCCCGAGAAGGCCCGCAAGGGGCGGUGCGGCACCAACACGGGCGGCGACACGGUGCGCGUGGGGCGGCGGUGUGCGUACGGCGAGAACGACCCGCACUUCCUGGGCGCGCACGGCACGCGGUUUGACUUCAACGGGCUGCCGCGCCGCUCCUUCUGCCUCUACACCGACCGCCACCUGCACGUCAGCAUGGCCAUGCGCGGCUAUCUGGACUCCCGCCCCCUUGCACUCCCACCCACUGCUGGUAACCGUAGCAUGUUGGCUGCAGCCCGUUUUGUCAACGGCUCGGCAGUCCGCACGUGGAUCCGACAGCUGGCGAUCAUGUGGCACGACGGCGAGAGCAGCAACAGCAACAGCAGCAGCGGCAGCGGCAGCGGUGCUAGUGCCGGCAGCAGCACAAGUGCUCACUCUCUUGUGCUCACGGCACGGGAUGGCAAGGAGCAGACUCGCGGCGCCCAAGGGUUCCUCGCAUCCGCCACUCUUGACAACAAUCCUCUCCCACGCCUAAACCUUGGUGAGACCCACGUUCUCUCAAACGGGCGGCUGAUUCUGUCCUUUGUGGGCCAGGAGAAGACCGGCCCGUUCGACGUGGACGUGUACACCCUCCGCCUGGAAAAUCUCCUGGAGCUCGAGCUGAAGCUGCGCGCGGCGCACCCUCUGUUGCAAACACCUGAGGACGCGCAGGUGCACAUCAACCUGAUGUUUGUGGACUCGAAUCCGAGCAGCGAGGUGCACGGGGUGAUGGGGCAGACGUACCGCAGCGGCAGGGAGCAGCGCACCUUGGAGUAUUCAAAGCUGGCUGCUCUGCUGCACCACCCCGUGUCGGUGGAUGGGGAGGAGGGCAAGGGGUUUCUGGAUGGGGAGGUGGGGGAUUAUGAGACGUCGGGCGUGACUGCUGCUGACUGCAGGACUCCAUCGAAUGACGUCACGAUGUCAGUGGAUGACGUCAUGGCUCUCCUGUUCUCCCAGGACCCCCUGCUUGCCCGCGCUGCUGCCGUCACUCUCAGCCACGCCCUGCUCUCGCCCGCCCUCUCUGUCCACUCCACUCUGACCUGCCUGCCCUCGGGGGGUUACCAGUUACCCUUUGAUGCACCUUCCCGCUCCUUCCCUCCUUCCCUCCGUCUGCUGGAGUAUCCUUUGCCUCCCAAGGCAACUCCAAGGUGCCGUCCUGCCUGCCCUCCCUCCGUGCCGCCGGUCGUCCCUCCCAAGGCAACUCCAAGGUGCCGUCCUGCCUGCCCUCCCUCCGUGCCGCCGGUCGUCCCUCCCAAGGCAACUCCAAGGUGCCGUCCUGCCUGCCCUCCCUCCGUGCCGCCGGUCGUCCCUCCCAAGGCAACUCCAAGGUGCCGUCCUGCCUGCCCUCCCUCCGUGCCGCCGGUCGUCCCUCCCAAGGCAACUCCAAGGUGCCGUCCUGCCUGCCCUCCCUCCGUGCCGCCGGUCGUCCCUCCCAAGGCAACUACAAGGUGCCGUCCUGCCUGCCCUCCCUCCGUGCCGACCAAAGCAGAGGGAGCGAGUGUUGGGGGCAGCAGCAAUACUGGAUUCACAAUUGAGCCUCUUCCCUUCACUGCUCUUGGCUCGAGUCCCAACGUGCCUCUGCCCUGCUUUCCGUCUCAUUCCACUCCCAACGUGCUUGUGCCCUGUUCUGCACUCUCUCUCUUCCACUCUCUGCUCAAACGCCGCCCGCACUCGCAACCGCACUCCCCCCUCCACCCCUCCCCUGCCCGCCUCUCCUACCUUGCGCACUCGGCCACCAUUGCUCUCCUGCACGCCACGCCAUGGCCUUCCCUCUCUCGCCUCCUAGCCUCUGCUGUCGCCAGGUCCUGCUACAUGCUGCUGCUGCAGGGACACCAGGGGCAGCAGGGGGAGGGACAGUCGUUGGAGCAGCAGCAGGAGGGACAUAUUGGGGAACAGCAGGGCUCAGAAGAAGCAGCAGCAGCAGCAGGAGCAGGAGUGGCACGAGCAAGAGCAGCAAGAGAGCUUGCGGUGGGAUGGUUGACUCGCCUGCUUUCUGCCUCUAUCAGUGCAGUCACCAACAGCAACGGCGUCAGCAGCAUUGAAACGCCUGGCACCGAAAGCUAUAGAAGCGACAGGGAGGAUGCUGCUGUCAGCUGCAAUGGAAAGUCCGGCGCCACAGGCAGUAGAGCUGGUAGCAGCAGAGGCGGUGUUGAGGACGCUGAUGUCAGCACCAAGCAGGCUGACGACACCAGCAGGGAAAGGGACAGCGAGAGCAGCAGCAAGGAGAAUGGGGCAGCAUCUGCUGAGCUUGUUCCAGUGGGAGUGCGUGUUGAGGGGACUGAAGAGGCAUCUAUAUCAGUGGAAGGAGUGUUAGCAGUGGUGCAGACUUGGGUCUCUCACUGCCUCUUCCCCAUGCUCACCCCUUCCCCAUCAAGUGCUCCUCCUGACCCACGCCCACUUGCAAGCAGGGGUUGCAGAGAUGGAACAGGAGCGGGAGGGGCAGGAACGGUAGGGGGAGAAGAGGGAGGGGUUGAAGGAGGGAUGGGAGAGGGAGGGGAAGAAACAUCAAGGGUGGGAGCGGCAGGGGUGAGAGGGCACAGGGCGUGCGAGGGGAGGGGAGGAGGGGGAUUGGGGACCGCCCUGAGCAGUGCAGCCGGUGGCAGUGUCAAUGGGAGCGGAACGGUGGGGGAAUUAGCAGUGGAAAGGGUGGGUGCGGUGUGGCAGUCGCUGGAGCUUCUGCAGAGAGGCAUGGCCGCAGGUGGGUGGGUGGGUACGUACGUACAGUGUUUUUUAAGAGUGGAGUGUUGCAUGGGAGGGGGCGGUGUGGCAGUCGCUGGAGCUUCUGCAGAGAGGCAUGGCCGCAGGUGCCUGCCAGCGGCAACUGCCACGUGGAAGCAUGCGAUUGGCCGUGAACUGUGGCUACAGUGUGUGGGGUCGCCGUCAAGGGAAGUGAAAAAACAGUUGGAGCGUGGAAGGGAGAGGAGACAGAGAGACGAAAGAGGAGGGAGUGAUGGAGAAGAUUGGAGUGAGGGCGAGGGAGAGGAAGAAGAAACGAGCGUGAGUGAGGGAGAAGUACUUAGGAGAGGGGCGGAGGAAGAGGAAGGGGUGAGUGGUGAGGAGGAGUGGAGCAAAGAGGGAGAGGAAGAAGGAGGAAGGGAAGGGCGGGAGGAGCCUAUCAGUGAGGGAGAGGAAGAGAGAGAGGGUAUUCAAAGGACGUGCAAACGGCAGCUGGUGGGGGAACUGGAGGAGGGGACGGGGAGGAGAGUGAGGAAGAGGAGGAUGGAGAAGGUGGGGUGCGGUGGUGAUGGCGAGGAAUGGUGGCACUUGACUGAUGGUACGAGGAAGGAAAGGAGGGUGGAUGGAGGAGAGGAUGAGGGAGAUAGGGAGAAAGAGGACAAGGACAAAGAAGAUGAGGAAGAGGAGGACGAGGAGGAAGGGGGGGAAGGUGGGGAAGAGGGGGUAAAGGAGGAAGAGGAGGAAGAGGGGGAAGAGGAGGAAGAGGGGGAAGAGGAGGAAGAGGAGGAAGAGGGGGAAGAGGAGGAAGAGGGGGAAGAGGGGGAAGAGGAGGAAGAGGAGGAAGAGGAGGAAGAGGAGGAAGAGGGGGAAGAGGAGGAAGAGGAGGAAGAGGAGGAAGAGGGGGAAGAGGAGGAAGAGGGGGAAGUGGAGGAAGAGGGGGAAGAGGAGGAAGAGGGGGAAGAGGAGGAAGAGGGGGAAGAGGGGGAAGAGGGGGAAGAGGAGGAAGAGGGGGAAGAGGGGGAAGAGGGGGAAGAGGAGGAAGAGGGGGAAGAGGGGGAAGAGGGGGAAGAGGGGGAAGAGGAGGGAGAGGGGGAAGAGGGGGAAGAGGGGGAAGAGGGGGAAGAGGGGGAAGAAGAAGAGGGAGUCAAAGUUGAUGACAUGAGAUUGGAUGACACGGAGCAGAUCGAUUCUGCUGUUGUCACGCCGGCUACAGUCACGUGUUCCCCAGCUGGAGUGUCACAAUCCGUAGUGAUGUGUUCUCUCCGAUGCCUCUCUCAGCUUCACACGCGACUCUCUCGCCUGCAAGACCUGGGGCUGUUCCCCUACAACGUGCAGCCACUGCUUACCAGCCUUGCGGAGGAUGCCCUUGAGGAGGGUAUCCCUGAGGAGGAUAUCCCUGAGGCGGAUAUCCAGGCUGUGGGGGGUAUCCCUGAGGAGGAGGAGGAUAUCCCUGAGGAGGGUAUCCCUGGGGAGGAUAACCGGGAGGGGGGUAACCCUGAGGUGGGUAACCUUGAGGAGGCGGUGGGUAUCCCUGAGGAGGUGGAGGAUAGCCACCAGGUGGUGGUGGAUAGCCUGAAAAUCGAUUGA